AUGACUAAGCUCGGCCUCGAGGCCAAAGACCUAGAGCCAACCCGGACGAUCUUCCACGGCAUCGUUCCCGGCCUCUCCUCCUCUUCGAUCGGCCGGAUCCGACUCGACGUCCUAUUCGGCACCAGCGAUCACUUCCGGCGUGAGCCACUCUGGUUCGAGGUGGUGGACCUGUCCAGCAUGUACCACGCGCUGCUGGGCCGGACCGCGCUCGCCAAGUUCAUGGCAGUCCCCCACUACGUUUACCUGAAGAUGAAGCUGCCGGGUUCGAAGGGCCUCAUCACCAUCACUGGCGAUUACCGCAAGUCCCUGGAGUGCACCCGAGACGGUGCCAAACUGGCCGAAUCGCUGGUCAUAGCCGAGGAGCGGCACCAGCUCGACCGGAUCGUCGCCCUAGCCAGCGAGAUGCCGGCCGUGCCGGUUCCGGCCGACAAGGCCUCAUUCAAGCCCUCAAAGAAGACCAAGAAAGUGAAGCUGAACCCGGAAGACCCCAGCCGCUGCAAGUACGUUCUCGUAGGCACCCACCUCGACAACAAAUAG